UGAUUUUCCAGAAGCACCUGUUAGGAAGGUCAAUCUUUCAGGUGGAUUUACUGUCAAGAUGUCUUAUCGCAUCGGUAAGUUUUUCCUUAUUUUUUCCCCAUUCAAUUCAUCGAUCACGCCGCGCCACUCAGCGAUGCUCUGGAGCUUGCUGGAGCUUUCAUCCCUGAGCAGUGAAGCUCCGUCCGGAUGGAGCUUCAAGAUCAGAGCUUCGAGCCCGCCGUCCGCAACACCGACUCGCUCGACCAUUGCAGAUUACAAGAAAUCUCGCCCAACAACCGGGCCGGUUGCAAGGUGGCGGCCUGCAAGGAUGCAGGCAAGAAGAUCAUGAAGGGCGAAAUCCGCAUGGGCACCUGGGUCACUAUCCACGAGCAUGGCAGUUGGCAGUGGAGGCACUGGGGCUGUGUCUCGGGGGAGCAGGUCAUGAACAUGCAGAACGAGAUUGGCAAGGACUCCGAUGGCGAGUACCGAUGGGAUGCCGUUGACGGCUGGGAGGAUCUCGAGGAUCAUCCUGAUGUACGGGAGAAAAUCCAGCGGGUUAUCACCCAAGGUCAUAUCGACCCCGAGGACUUCAAUGGCGAUCCCGAGAUGAAUGUACCCGGCCAAAAAGGCAUCCAUCAGCGCAAGAAGAAGAAGGUCGAGCCUGAGUCUGGGGACGAGGCCAAACCCAAGAAGGCAACCGCGAAGCGUGGCCGUGGGAAGAAGGCUGAGGCCGAUGAUGAGGAAGCCGACGAGCCGGCGCCCCCGGCGAAGAAGGCGAAGCGCGCUGUCAAGAAGGAAGUUGAGCCCGAAGCGACCCCAGAGAAGCCCAAGAAAGCGGCGAAGGGCAAACGUGGUGCCAAGGCUGCGGCGGCUGUGAAGGAGGAGAGUGAGGCGGAGGAAGAACCUGAGCCGACCCCAGAGAAGCCCAAGAAAGCGGCGCAGAGAAAGCGUGGGGCCAAGGCUGCUGCGGCUGUCAAGGGGGAGAGCGAAGCAGAGGAAGAGCCUGAACCGACUCCGGAGAAGCCCAAGAAAGCAGCUAGGGCCAGGCGUGUUUCCAAGGCGGCUGCCAAAGACGAAGUCGACGAAGUGCCGGAGCCGAAGCCUGAGCCUAAGAAGAGGGCCGCGCGGGCCAAGAAAGUGAAGGAGCCCUCACCUGAGCCGGAAUCUGAGUUGCAGUCGGAAGCCGAUUCCGGGCCGAUGUCCGCCCCUGAGUCCGAGCCCGAGGAGGAAGAGGAGGAAGAGUCCACUCCGGCCAAGAAGCCUAAGAGGGGUCGCAAGGCUGUGGAGAAGAAGCCUGCCCCUGCGCCGAAGAGACGCGGCAGAAAGGCGUGAGUACCGAGACGCAGUGGAAUAUUCACCGGUUGGUUGCUGAUCAGUCGCAGAGCCGCUUAAGCGAGGCAACGCGGGGCCUUUGAAGGUGUUGCAACAAUUUCUCAUCCAGGACUACCUAAACUGUACCCCUUGUACGGCAAGGGCAUAAUCACUUGCCUCGCAUUUCUUCUCUCUUCGGCUAUCCGGCAAGAUCCUGUAUUAACUGCCCUCUCUCGGCUUAGCUAGGGAGUCUGGAGGUGGCAUUUUUCUGAGGACG